AUGAUGUAUGAUCUGCUUGCAGUGGCAGGCUCGUUUUGGGAACUUGCGCGCCCGGGGUUAAAGUUUCCGUUCCCGUUGGCGCGUUUAGAAUUUGUUCUUCAGAUCACUCGAUAUUUGAUACUCUUUUUUAUGGGAUUUACCGUCGACUGUAUUCUGAUCUUUCGGUGUUAUGUUAUCUUUGGCUAUCGAAGGAGGUUCUUUUUCGUACCUCUCAUUCUCUGUAUCGUCAUUGAUGUGGGAGCCAUAAUCAGCGGAGUUUGGGACGCUGUGGAAACGAGGAAGAUUGGGCAUGAUUCGGACCUCAUGGAUAACAUAUCCAACUCGUUUUUGGGCGCUAGCGCAUUGUUUAAUUUUGUGCUCACGGGCGCGAUAGCUGGUAAAAUUUGGUCAGUCUUGCGUGGGAGUCUUGCCGUGGAUGAUUGGACGAAGAGACGGUUUAAAAUGGUUGUUUCUAUUGUGCUCGAAUCGGGAUUGCUGUACUCACUUACGAUAGCUGUGAUGAUUGUUGGAGAUCUCCUUGACGCGGAGACUUUUAAUAUUGCAUCGAUUAUGACGCAGAUUUCGGGAAUCGCACCGACGCUUAUGAUUGUUCGUGCCAACAUUAGUCGGGGUCUUGAAGACGAGGAAGACACUCAGUUCAAUCUUAGUACUCGAUUUGGUGUUAGUACCGGAAGCGCCACUGAGCGUAGCAAGUCAGGUGUUAUGGUAUUUACUACUCGUGAGGAGCCGUAG